AACAAAGCUGUAUUCAUGAAAAGUGACUGCAUAAAACCUGUAACGUGCGAAGAAAGAAAAAAGGAUCCAAUUGAAUUGUUUCACUCUGGACAGCUAGUAAAAGUUUGUGCCCCAAUGGUUCGAUAUUCAAAGUUGGCUUUUAGAACACUUGUAAGAAAAUACAAUUGUGAUCUAUGUUAUACACCAAUGAUAGUUGCUGCUGAUUUUGUCAGAUCUGUAAAAGCCAGAGACAGCGAAUUUACCACAAACCAAGGUGAUUGCCCAUUGAUUGUCCAGUUUGCUGCUAAUGAUGCAAGACUUUUAUCUGAAGCUGCUCGUAUAGCCUAUCCCUACUCAAAUGGAAUAGAUAUUAACUGUGGUUGCCCUCAGAGAUGGGCAAUGGCAGAAGGCUAUGGGGCUUGCUUAAUAAAUAAGCCAGAGCUUAUUCAAGAUAUGGUGAAACAAGUAAGAAAUCAAGUGGAAGACCCCAGAUUUUCAGUAUCUAUUAAAAUAAGGAUUCAUGAUGAUCUUACAAGAACUGUGGAUCUUUGUCGGAAGGCUGAAGCUACUGGAGUUUCUUGGAUUACAGUCCAUGGAAGAACUGUUGAGGAAAGACACCAGCCAGUCCACUACGAUGCCAUCAAAAUCAUUCAAGAAAAUAUCUCUAUACCUUUAAUAGCUAACGGAGAUAUCAAAACCUUAAGAGAAGCAGAAAAUAUAUGGCAAAAAACUGGAACAAGUGGUGUGAUGGUUGCAAGAGGACUCUUAACAAACCCAGCCCUGUUUGCUGGAUAUGAGGAAACACCACUGACGUGCGUCUGGGACUGGGUUGACAUUGCUCUUGAACUCGGAACUCCAUUUACGUGUUUCCAUCAGCAUUUAAUGUACAUGAUGGAAAAGAUAACUUCAAGGCAGGAAAAAAGAGUGUUUAAUGCUUUGUCAAGCACAUCAGCAGUGCUGGAUUACCUUACAGACCAUUAUAGCAUCUGA